CCUUCCUCAGUCACAGCUGUUGUAGUGAGAGAUUAUUAAUGGCGGGUCACAUGAUUCCUCCCAAAGGACCAGGAUUGGGACGGGAAGUUAGGCAGCAACCGCCCAUUAAAUUAACAGCAGCGGCCGGGGCUUAUCAGACGACCUUUUCUCUGUCCUCAGUUUUGUAUUGUUUUGUUAGUCGGUAAGCGAAGAAAGCUCAUGCAAGUCAAAUCCCGUCUUCCUUCCCUGCUGUAGAUAAAAACAAAACCCAUAAGGGAUAGCAGAUUGAUACAGCUGCAUAAACAUUGAUAAACCCGCAACCCGACACACACCUCUUCUUCCUCCGUACUGCUUCUUCUGCUACUUCCCAUUCCUCUUCUUCAUCUUCUUCUCCCGUUCUUUCUCUUUCCUCUUUAUUCCUUCCUUCUUUCGUUUCCUACCAAAUUCCAACUUCCUUCUUUUUCCCUCUGCCUUGUUGGUUUCUUUCAAUUCUUGUACGAACUCGAUCGUAUCCCUCUCUCUAGAAACAAGGUGAUCCUCUCUCUCUCUCUCUCUCUUAACUUUCUCUGUCUGAUUCACUUGAAUUGAAUUCGUCGUAUUAAGUUGAUUGAGAAAGCUGAUCAAUUCUCUCAACUGGGUUGGUUUCUGCUCUCAUUUUCCAAUAUUCCUAUCCUUGAUAUUAAAGAGGCAGUAGGACUAGAGUUGGAAGAUCGUAUCCUCACCAAUUCCCCUGUAUAUUUCUUUUGCUUUAAUCAGAAACCUAGAGUUGGAAGAUCCUUUCCAUUUUUCCUAUUUGUUCCUGCAUGUUGUGCUUGUCACCUUCGUUUGACUGUGUUCAUUCCAGGAACUCAGCAACUGCCAUGGCAGGACAUAAGACAGACAAAACUAGAAUUGGGUUUUAUUAUUGAUGUAUCUUUCAUUGUUUCUGGAGUUAUUCUGCUCAUAUUGGUUGUCAAUUCUUGUUUCUCGCGUGGUGUUUGCUUGAAUCCAGAAUCGAAGCGGGGGGCAGGGCAAUCUACUUGAGAACCUUUUAUGGAAGGGAAGCACCAACUGGAUUUUGGUCUGCCACUUUUAUCAGUAAGAAGGGUUCCAUCACCCGCUGUUGUUGCGAAAGAGGCAGGCAGCAGGAGGAGCAGGAAACCAGCAGAUGUCCCAAAGCUGCCACCACUUCCCUUUUACAAAUCAGAGCUGAAAUCAGGGCCAGUCGGGGUUCCAGGGUCGGUUCCUUUUGUGUGGGAGAGAAGCCCUGGGAGGCCAAUGAAGGAAACCAGCUCAGAUUCCCUACCACCUCUCCUCCCUAGACUUCCUCCUGGGAGAAGGCCAUUGAAUGUCAAACAGGUUGCCUCAGAUGCAGCCUCUGAAGGGUCAUCGUCGCCAGCUGCUUCUUGCUCCAGGAAUGGUGGCCUUUCCAGUGACCAGAAUUCGCCUACUACAGUAAAGGCAGAAGAGAAAUCCGGAAAAGUUAUGGAGGAGACGAAGAGCUCCAAUCUAGUUGGUGAUAGCAUUGAUGAUGAAGAGACGUUCGUAGAUGCAUUAGAUACCCUCUCAAGGACAGAAUCUUCGUACUUGAACUGCAGCAUAACCGGAGUUAGCGGGCUAGAGGGUCUGGAUAUGAGACCAACUAGGACACUCUCUAGUGAUUUGCAGGCUAGGGAGUUCAUGAUGGGUAGAUUCUUGCCUGCUGCACAAGCUAUGGCUUCUGAGAAUCCUCAGUAUUCUACACAGUAUCCCACUAAGAAACAGCCUGUUCUAAGAGAGCAAGCUAGACAGAUAAAGACGAUUGAACGUGUCGAAGAGGAUCAGCCUCCUUUGAAAAGUUCAAGGGUAAACGUACUACCAUACCAUGCUCAAGUUGAUAAUCCAAAAGAGGAUGAUGAUGAUGAUGAUGAUUACAGCGAACCUAAUGCUUCUUCGCUUGGAAUUUGUGGGUUAUUGCCUCGGUUGUGCCUCCAUAAUUCUUUGAGUCUACUAAAUCCUGGUCCCAGGAUUAGAAAGCCGGCUCAUAUAUCCCCUUCUUCGGUCAGGACAAGAAGCAGCAUUGGAAAUAAGUAUGAUCAGGCUGCUGCUUAUGUAAGAAGAAUACCUUAUGAAGCUCAACCGUGCAAAGAGCCGCAGAGUAAUGCUGGAUGGUCACAUCAUGAGCCAUCUCAACCUCUGGCCUCUAAAACACAAGGUUUUCUUGGAACUCCUAACAAAUAUAAGGAUUCAGAGACGAUGGGUUCUAUUCUAUCCGUUAAGGAAGUCAUCAGUUUCGGCGAACUAUUAGCCAAUGAUGAUAUAGAAUGGAAAUCAGGCUCUGGAAGUCCUGUUGUUGAGAAAACCCUGUAUAUCGAUUCUAUACAGCCAGUAAAGCAAAUUGAAGAUACAGACUCUACUUCCUCGGAUAAGAAAGGGUCAGCCAGUGACAAGGAAUUCAAGGAAACAGUUUCUGUGGAUGGUUCAUUUCCAAAGGCUAAGCAAUCGAAGCCCUUGAGUAAAAAGGAAGAAGAAGAGCUUGAGCACUUUGGAUCUUUUGGCUCUUGUUAUCUUUCAUUUUCCGACAAUGAAGUUCAAAUGGACGUCCGGCGCGAUCAAGAGCUUAUUCUUGCUCCUGCUGCGUUGACGAUGCCAGCACUCGAUGAAGAUGGCAACAAAAAUAAUAGAGUGUGGUCAGUAGUCAGCAAGGGAGAUUCUCAAGGACCACUGAAGCAGUCUACCAACUUGACAAGGCAAAAGCUGGCAGGUGACAGAGGGAAGGACGAUUCGCAAAACCAAAAUAAUACAAGGCCAAGUCAACAGAAACCUUGUUAUGGAAACUCACUUAACCCUCUUGCACCACCUUUACCGAAAUCUCCUUCAGAGUCAUGGCUGAAGAGAGCUUUGCCCACUGUCUCGUCAAAAACACAGCUGUCGAAGUCUGCCCUUGGCAUUCUUGGGGAUUCAAAGGUUGAGGACUCCAUUACAAAAUCCUACUCAGAUAAAACCUGGGAAACGAUUGUUAAAUCUUCUGGCGAGAGGAACAGGCGAUUUCAGGUACCAGAGGGCCAACUUACAGCCAUACCAGAAGCCUAAGAGUUAAAGGGUCAAGUCGCCUUUCUGCAGCAUAUGUUGUAUAUCAGGUUUGUUGGGUGCUGACAGAUGAAAGCAUAAGGAAAGUGGGUUUCAGCUAAAUAAUUAUAGUAUAAAAAAAAAUGAUAGAAUCUUUUUCUGGCUUUGGAAGUUGAAUUAUUUGGAAUGAUAGAAUCAUUGUUCUCUGUAAAGCAUUACUGAAAAGGAGGGGCAAUCUUUGUAGCUGUAUGUAAUGAGAUUAGGAGAAUAAAAGCGGGGGCGGGUAUAUAUGAUCUGUAAUGCAUGUUGCUUAGUUUUUAAGAGUGAAAUAAUGAAUACAAGCAAUGAUUGUAUACUUUUUGCUGUCCCGUGUGUCCCAAACAAAAGGAUGACGCUAAUGCUGUAUUAUUGUUAUUGGGAUGGAAUAUUGGGCAAAGCCCCUGGCGGCUUUCUCUUCUGUGUGGGUCAGAGGAAUGGCAAGAUGGAAGGUGGAUAAAUUGUCGUAUGAAUAUGAUGUUUUGGUAACUUGUCAUUUCUAUAAGUGGAAAGUGAUUGAGAAGUGUCACGCUACUAUUAAAGUUUUCCAUCUUUC